CAAACAAGUGACCAAGAAAUGUAGAAGCCUCUAAGACGAGUAAUCAAACAAAAAUAAUCAAAGUGCUGAUCUGUCCAUUUGCAGACAUUGACAGAAAAAAAAAAGGCUAAACAAAUGUAAUAAUCCAAAGAUUGUCUAUUGUCUCUAAAUUCAGUUUUUCUCUCUUCAGAAUUUUAAUCCGAAGAGCAAUAUUAGAAGAAACACCAAAAAGGGUAGUUACUAAAUGGAGAAAAGAUUCAAUCUUUACUCUUCAUUGUAUGUUGUAUGUCUAUGGGCAAGUUUUGAAGUGGGCAUUGGAGGGAGACAAGUUUCACAUUUGCAAAGUUAUGACAGCAGAUGGUUUAAUUCCAUUUUUGAUACUUCAAAUUAUGGAAUUUUUCAGCUCAAUAAUGGCUUGGCUCGAACUCCUCAAAUGGGAUGGAAUAGCUGGAAUUUCUUCGCUUGCAACAUCAAUGAAACGGUCAUCAAGGAGACAGCUGACGCACUCAUUUCAACUGGCUUGGCUGAUUUAGGUUACGUGUACAUCAACAUAGAUGAUUGCUGGUCUGCUUCAACGCGAGAUGCAAAGGGUGAAUUAGUCCCUGACCCAAAAACCUUUCCAUCAGGAAUCAAAGCUCUUGCUGAUUAUGUACAUGCGAAAGGGCUCAAGCUUGGUAUCUAUUCUGAUGCUGGGACUUUUACAUGUCAAGUUCGACCAGGGUCACUUCACCAUGAAAAAGAUGAUGCGGAUCUGUUUGCUUCUUGGGGUGUGGACUAUCUCAAGUAUGACAACUGUUUUAAUCUCGGCAUCAAACCAAAAGAAAGGUAUCCACCGAUGCGUGAUGCCCUAAAUGCAACUGGCCGCACAAUUUUCUAUUCACUUUGUGAAUGGGGUGUUGAUGACCCUGCCUUGUGGGCUAGGAAUGUUGGAAAUAGCUGGCGUACAACAGGUGACAUCAAUGAUUCAUGGGUAAGCAUGACGACAAUAGCUGAUCUAAAUGACAAAUGGGCAACCUAUGCAGGACCUGGUGGAUGGAAUGAUCCGGAUAUGUUGGAAGUUGGUAAUGGAGGCAUGACCUACCAGGAAUAUCGUGCUCAUUUUAGCAUCUGGGCUUUGAUGAAGGCCCCACUUUUGAUUGGCUGUGAUGUAAGAAACAUGACGGCAGAAACUCAUGAGAUUCUGACAAAUAAAGAGGUUAUUGCUGUAAACCAAGAUCCGCUUGGGGUUCAGGGAAGGAAAGUUCAAACUUCUGGAGUUGAUGGUUGCUUGCAGGUGUGGGCUGGCCCUUUGUCUGGACAUCGCUUGGCUGUAGUUCUAUGGAAUCGUUGUUCAAAGGCUGCAGCUAUUACAGCUACAUGGAAAAAGCUUGGGCUAGAAUCCGGCACCAGUGUCUCGGUGCGAGACUUGUGGCAGCACAAAGACAUGGGAGGAGAUUUCGUGACAUCAUUUGGUGCUCGAGUUGAUGCUCAUGAUUGUGGAAUGUACAUCUUUACUCCUAAGACAGUGUCGCGUAGUUUUCUAUUAAAGUUUACGGCAUAAUGACUCUUGCAUAUGUUUGAGCAUUAAUGUAUCCAAGUGUUGUGAAUAUGAGAAGGAUUGUUUAUCAUAGUAACGCCAAUCCCUCGUCAUUAUUUAAUGCAAGGGGUAUAUUACUGUAAAAACUCUGGAUUGAAACUUCUAAGAUAUCGUAAGAAUGAUAAUUAGUAGUGUUA